AUGAUGAUUCUUCAAGGUCAUCGUUCUAAUUCUGAAUCCUCUGACGACAAAUCCAACACCUUUAAGUUCCAGCAAGCCAAUCGAUUCCCUCGACGAAAUACUGUGCCAUGGGCCCGCGAACCACCCUUCACCUCAUAUCGUUCCGAGCGAGAAGCCAACCCCACACCUUUCAACACCAUGUUCAUGCCUCGUUUAGAUUCAUCCAGCAGUCAAGAACCCCGCUCACAUAUUCCUAUUUGGGAGCCUCUCUAUAUGGAAGAUACUCCAACUUCAACUCCGAAGAAACAGGGUGGCAAGCGUAAGAGUGGGAUAUCGAUGGAAACCAAUGCUUCGAAACAACAGUUGGAAAGUAACUUCUUUGAUGAUGCGGACAUAGACGGUAGUAGUGUAGAACAUGGGUGUUGUUCUUGGAAGCUGUGCUUGUCGUUUUUCACUGCCAAUUGGAUGUCUCGUGCAAUGUGA